GGUUGGGUUGGGGCCAUUUCCCUCAUACACAAAGCUCUUCGAUAACUACUAGGUACUGCUUUUCUUUCUUCUUCAUCAGCUAGCUGUACGUGUACGGUGCAUCAUUGUAUGGCAGCCAAUACCAAGACCCCGGUCGUGGUUGCUCUGAGCUUCGGCAAGCGUUUCUUCAACCUCAUCUGGGCGGCCUCCAACCCCCGCCAUCCCUCUCUCCCCUCUCCUCUCUCUACUAUCACUCUCAGGAGGGCUGAACACACCUCAGUGUAUGACAAGAAUCCCGAAGACCACACUCCGAAUGUGGUUCCAGACUAUAUAAUCUCACCUCAAUCUGAAACUUACUGGGCUCCACACCCUCAAACUGGAGUAUUCGGACCCUCUACUGAACAAACCUCGACUGUAGUUGGAGAGCGUGGCUUCCACUCUUCGUUUGUGAAUGGUGGUGAGGGAUCUGUGCUUGAGGAGAAGGCUUGGUUCCACCAUACCGGUGUCGAGGACUUGGAGAAGCCUCAUGCACUCUAACAACCCGCAACGUUGAGGGGGAGCCGAUUUAUAUAAAUAACUGAAUAAGUAUGGUAUAGAUGAGGCGCCUGUAGCCUAUUAUGCAGUAUUUUGGUGUAACAAACAAGACUGGUUUUCAUUUUCAUAGCAUGGCAAGUAGUGGAGUUGGUAGUGAUACAUAUUACAUAAGGGAAUGGUACUUCUGAAUCUCGAUAUCGAUAUCGAUGUGGUUGUGGCAGCUUAUGUAUGCACCAUACUUGCGUGUUGUCAAAGGCUUGGUUAU